AUGGCCGCCUAUUUCUUUGGCUCUCCAAUAGAUAUUGACGUCAAACUAGACGGCGAAGAAGCCCGCAAGCAUGUCGAAAUGAAGACCGAGAAAGAGAAAGUAAUAUCGUGCCCUGUGUACUACGACGGCGAGUCGGUGACCGGCCAAGUCACCAUACGAAUUCGAGAUGGGAAGAAGGUCAUACAUGAGGGAAUCAAGGUCGAGUUUGUGGGCAGCAUUGAGCUAUUCUACGACCGGGGGCAUCAUCAUGAGUUCCUGUCAUUAUCGCAAGAACUCGCGGCCCCUGGGGAGAUGCGACAAGCGCAGACGUUCGACUUUAACUUUAAGAAUGUCGAGAAGCAGUUUGAGAGCUACCAGGGUAUCAAUGUGAAGCUGCGGUACUUUAUUCGUGUGUCUAUUUCUCGGCGGAUGGCAGACGUAUCAAAAGAGCAAGAUUUAUGGGUUCACUCCUUCCGUAUGCCCCCCGAUUCGAAUAAUUCCAUCAAGAUGGAAGUCGGCAUAGAAGACUGCUUGCACAUCGAAUUCGAGUACAAUAAAUCCAAAUAUCACCUCAAGGACGUAAUUGUCGGCAAGAUAUAUUUCCUACUUGUUCGCAUCAAGAUCAAACAUAUGGAACUGUCAAUUAUCCGCCGCGAGACAACUGGUUCGCCGCCCAAUCAGUAUAACGAAAGCGAGACGAUUACGAAGUUCGAGAUUAUGGACGGUGCGCCAGUGAGAGGCGAGACAAUACCAAUACGACUGUUCCUCGGAGGCUUCGAUUUAACCCCGACGUUCCGUGAUGUGAACAAGAAGUUCAGUACCAGGUACUACCUGAACCUUGUGCUUGUCGAUGAGGAGAACCGGAGAUACUUCAAACAGCAGGAAAUCACUAUAUUCAGGAUACCAGAGAACUAA